CUUGACCUCUUCCUCUGGCGACCGCUUUGGUUGAAACUCCUGAUGUUAAAACGUCAAGCAAGACUACGCCGAGAAUUUGUUUACAGAAGAUCUAUCGAAGUUCGGGAUGCUGAAAAUGAAAAGAAAAAAAGGUUGUUGAAAGCUGCUUUAUCUGAAGGGAGAUCUCUGCCUAAAGAAAUUCAACAAGAUGCCUUACAGUUGAAUGAAGAAUUAGACUGGAGUGAUGAUGGUGGUGAAGGAGUUGCCACUAACCAAGAUGAUGAAUAUUUUUGGGCUGGAACCGAAGAUCCUCGAGUUGUCGUUACCACAUCACGAUCUCCGAGUUCUAAAUUAAAAGAAUUUGCUAAGGAACUACGUUUUCUGAUUCCGAAUGCAUCUAAAAUCAAUCGAGGUAACUACCUCAACAAGGAUUUAUUAGAAGCCUGUUUGGCAAAGCAGAUCACUGAUGUUGUCAUUGUCAAUGAAUCACGGGGUGUCCCGGAUACUUUGAUUAUUAGCCAUUUACCGUUUGGUCCAACUGCUAUCUUCACAUUAUACAAUGUACGUACACGGCAUGAUAUGGAGACUAUGGGUUGUGGUUCAGGGGCUAAAAUGCCACAAACUUAUCCUAAUCAUAUUUUCAAAGGAUUAGAUUCGAAAUUAGGCCAACGUGUUAGAUGUAUUCUAAAACACUUAUUCCCAGUACCAAAGGAUGAUUCAAGGCGUGUAGUUACAUGGUAUGAAGAAGAUGAUGUUAUAUGUUUCAGACACCACACAUAUAAGUAUGUGGAUAAGAAGCUGGAACUUACUGAACACGGUCCAUCAUUCGAUAUGCGUUUGUAUAAAAUCUGGCGUGGACCAUUGCAUGAAGAAGCCACAGCGGAUAUUGAAUGGGUUUACCGGCCAUAUAUGACCACUACAUUCAAGAGACAUUUUCUGUCAGAGCAAACGACUUCAUGAUUUGUAUUUUCUUGUAAAUCGAAUAAUAAAAAGAUUUCCUUAAGAACAAA